UCAUGCACGCUUCGCGUCUUCUUUUACUACUUCAGCUCUCCUUUGUCCAUGAUCUUUAUCACAUCUGGUCGUUUUUUCUAGGGCUCUCAUAGUUGCUCCUCUUACUGUAUUUAGCUCUUUCCUGGAGGUGAGGGUCAAUCCAUUCUGGCAGUGGCCGUUUAGUCCCUGUUUCACUAGUUGAUUGACGAGUGCGCUGGCAUUUGGAGCUGUAUAUGUAAUUGAAAGAUGAUACAGGGAUAACGGUGAGACCUUUGCGUUACAGCUAUGUAUAGCGGCAUGGCUGUAUCAGGAAGAACUCGGUCUAGACAAGCAAGCACUGGAAAGCCAUACUUUGAGAAGGAUAAUAAGCGUAGGAAACGGCAAGCGGUUGAGAAAAUUCCAUCUCAAGAAGAACGGUGCUCAAGCUAUACUGUAUCUAAUGAUGGCGAUGAGGAGGAGGACGUGACAUCUUCUAGCAGCAUGUGUAUUGCCAGGAGAACUCGGUCUCAUUUUGCUCCUUCAAAAUUUAGAAACGCCAAAUCAGGGACAAUCAGCAAUCCCCUUAGCCUGGACGACGACGAAGAGGAGAAUGAGACAAGAAAUCGCAGCUUUUUGUGUCAGGAGUCUCUCCGUGGUGAGGGGUUGGUGUCUCUUGAGAACUUAACUUCCUCAAGUGAUGACGAACGAAAUCCGAAAGCUAUGACGAAGCGACUCAAGGUGUCAAAGUCACGGGAGAAAUUAGGACCUGAGGAAGAAUUUGAUGAACUAUUUGCUGAGAUGGAAAAGGAUCUCCAUGAUAGUGAAGACGAGGAAGGAAUUGCAGAAUUUACCGUGACAUCAUCGAAGUGUUCUUUAGGGACUAAGGCGUCACAGCCACAAGAGAAAUUAGAGUCUGAGGAAGAUUUUGAUGAACUAUGGGCUGAGAUGGACAAAGUUCUUCGUAGUUGUGAAGACGAGGACGGAAUUCCAGAAGUAACCAUGACGUGUCUAUCAUCGAAGUGUACUUUUGGGACUAAGGCGUCACAGCCACUUGAGAAAUUUGAGCUCGAGGAAGAAUUUGAUGAACUAUGCGCUGAAAUGAACAUCCGUGAUAGUGAAGCUGAGCACGGAAUUCCAGAUUCUACCAUGAAAUGUCUAUCAUCAAAGAAUCCUUUUGGGACUAAGGCGUCAGGGCCUCCUGUGAAAUUAAAGGUCCAGGAAGAAUUUCAUGAACUCUGGGCUGAGAUGGACGAGGGUCUGCAUCCUUAUGGAGAAGAUAUUUCUGUUCAGGUUGAAAACGAAUAUUAUGAGGUCCCAUGUCUGGAAGGGGAAGUUAGUGCAACUACUCGUUGUCAACGGGGGAAUCAUUAUCUCAGGAUGGAUGAUGAAAUUGGGGAAGUGUGUAGAUAUUGCCUACAUGUAGUUCGGGACAUCAAGGAUUGUGACCCUCCGUUUUGCACAAACCGAUGGGGAAAAUCAGGUGGGAGAUACUCUAACCCUUUGGAGAAAGAUGAUGACGCUUCCUCUAGUGACCUUGAGCAAGAAAAUCUUGGCUGUGACGACAAAUAUUCCGGGUUUGAAACUUAUACUUCCACGGGAACUGUGUGGGAUAUAAUUCCAAGAGUGAAGAAGAGGAUCAUGUAUGAUCAUCAACAGGAAGCUUUUGAAUUUCUUUGGACGAACCUAGCUGGUGGAAUUGUUCUUCACAAGUUGGAAGAGCAGUUAGAUUUUGCUGGUGGGAGUGGUUGCAUCAUAUCACAUGCUCCUGGCACAGGGAAAACUUUUCUUACCAUUGCCUUUCUGCAAGCUUUCAUGACGAAAUAUCCAAAUUGCAGACCCAUGAUCAUAUCUCCAACCAACAUUCUUCAUACAUGGGAGAAGGAGUUGCAGAAGUGGAAAGGAGGUGUUCCCGUUCCUUUUCACAAUUUGAACAAGCCUGAUCUCUCUGGAGAGGAGAGUGAAUCUGCCAUGAGCCGUCUUUGGAAGCACGGUGGUCGUCGUGCACACACUAAAAGUGCAAUCCGAUUGGCCAAGUUGUGUUCCUGGAGAGAGGCUACAAGCAUCUUAGGAAUUAGCUACACGUUGUUCGUUUGGCUUGCUAGAAAGGGCUCUGAUAACAUGAAGAAAGCCCUUUUUGAACUUCCAGGUUUAUUAGUUCUUGAUGAAGGUCACACCCCUCGCAAUUCCAGGAGCCUUGUCUGGGAGGCGUUGUCAAAAGUCAAGACAAAGAGGCGCAUCAUACUCUCCGGUACCCCUUUCAGAAUAAUUUCAAGGAGCUUUAUAACACACUCCGCUUGGCGAUGCCAAAGUUUGCAGGAUUGAAUCCUCCAGGAGAUGUCAAGGUAGUAGAUGAGAAGCGGGGUUUCAGAGCGAAUGAAACCAAAGGGAAUUUGGAAUUUCUUCUCAAAUCAUAUGACAAAGUGGAGAGUGACGGUGAAAAGGCUGAGAUAAUUGCUAAAAUCAGAAAUGUGAUUAAGCAAUUCGUGCACGUGCACAAGGGCACCGUACUGCAAGAGAGUCUUCCUGGGUUGAGGGAAUCGAUAGUUAGUUUAAUCCCAUCUCAGGAGCAGAGGGUAAUUUUUGAACACCUUCAGAAGUUAAGGAGGACCCGAGGUCAGGUUAAUGAUGGACCAUCUAACUGGUUUAAAUUUGAACAUUGGAUGUCUGUGCUUCCGUGCAUCCUUCACUUUUAGCUGCUACUGAACUCACUGACUUACAACAAAAGCUCUAUUAGAAAGACUAGAAUCGCCCCAGAGAUUGGAGUCAAAACCAAGUUUGUAAUGGACUUCAUCCGGCAAAGCGUGCUUAUAAAGGAAAAAUUUUGAUUUUUAGUCGUAUAUUGAUCCGUUGGCCUUUCUAGCAAACCAGAUUAAAUCUCGCUUUAAUUGGAAUGAAGGAGAGCAGAUGAUAGUAAUUCAUGGAAAAACCCAUGAAGGGACGCGUCAAGCUUCAAUAGAUGCAUUCAAUGAUCCAUAGCAAAGCGAUUGUAAUGCUAGCAUCAACGAAGACUUGUUAUGAAGGGAUCAAUCUGGUUGCGCUUCAAGGGUUUUUGCUGGACACGUU